AUGCAAGAAAAUGAACUGAUUCGUUGGUUUGUGCCGUUACCGACCCAGUUUCUCCAAGAAGAAGAACCAAGUGAUACUGAUGAUGACGAUGAACAAAAUGCAGAGUACAAUCAACUCUUAGUUCAUUUUCAAUAUCCUGCUGCAUGUGUCGUGAAAGGUUGUCUGGUUGAUAUUGAAUGGUUGUAA